AUCUUCGAUUCUAUUGGCCACAACAGGCUCCUCCCCUUCUUUUCUUUCUCUAAGUUCCCAUUGGUUAUCCUCGCUGCCACUCACAGACCCCCCUGCUGGUCUCGCGCCGCGCUCCACAGCCCCGUUCUCUCUGGAGUAGCAGCGGCAGAAGCGAAGCGCGCGCGAGUGCGUUUGCGCGGAGACAGCGAGGAGCGCGAGCGAGCGAGGGAGUGAGCGAGCAGUUGCAGUGCGCGAGGACCGGGCGCGAGACGGAGAGCACGCGCACGCACGGACACGCACGCGGCCUGUGGAGAACACUUGUUUUGUUGUUUGGAGAGGCGCGUGCGCGCACUUUACGCACAGAGCGUUUCCCCGUGCGCGCGAAAGUGCACGAGCUGUAGGGAGAAACGCUGCUUGGAGAAACGGUAGCGCGCGCGCACGAGCGGGGAGUUUUGGAGACUCAAAGUGCGCAGCAACUUGGGAGGAGGCGCGCGCGCUGCUCCUGGAUUACGGCUCACCUGUAAACUUCGCUCCACCUGUAAAGUCCCGGAUCUUUGCCUCGCGCCCGAGACUUACCGCCCACCCCUCCUAAACAGCGGAGAGGAUGACGGGACGCGCGCACGAGCUGCUGCUUCUUUGGAGCGUCCGCGCGCGGAGCCCGUAGCCUGGAGUGAAGAGUGUGUGAGAGAGUGUGUGUGUGUGUGUGUGUGUGAGAGUGUGUGUGUGUGUGUGUGUGUGUGAGGGGGACCAAACAAUCAGGAUGGUGUGUGCGUGGAGCACGCGCUGGGACGCGCUCGUGCUGCUCAUCGCAUCUCUUCGCACGGUGUGUGAGAGCCGGUCGGGUGUGAUGAUGGACGUCGUGCCCCGUUUCUCCUCCUCCUCCCUCACCUACCUGCCCGUCUCCUGCCAGCUGCUGGGCGCCGACUCCGCCUCCUUCUUCCUGCGGGAGGCGGGGCAGGAAGUGAUGCGCAACGGGAGUCUACAGACGCGCAGCGAGACCCUCUUCCUACACCAGCCCUCGGGCCCCGCCCCCUUGCUGUCCAUCAACUGUAGCUACGGCAACCUGACCGCCGACACGCUGGUGCCGCCUGACAUCCUGCAGGGGGCGCUGACGCCCACCUCCACGCUCCUCACACACACAGCGCACCUGACGCAGGGCUGGAAGGUGAGGGCACACCUGGUAACCACGGCGAUCAGGGCGGAUCGGCCGCAGGCUCACCUGCUGUUCUACCUGACCGGACGCAGGUGGGAUGACUUGGACCCCGCGGCCGAGCUGUUACCCUGCGUACGGGUGGUGGGCAUCCGGGACCACGGCGAGGGGUCAGUAUCUGCGGCCUGCCGGCUGGAGGGCAGUCUGGGCAUGUGUGUGACCCGGCUGGACGUCCCUCAGUCCUGGUUCACCCCGCCGCCCCCCCGCAGGCGCUCUCAGGAGCCCCCCCUGCCCACCAUGGAGCUGCACUACUCCCUGUCCCUGGCGGACGAGCAGGGGGGUGACUGCAGGGCGCAGGGCAGGGGGCAGGAAGUGGAGGUGCAGCGGAUUGGAACGCUGACUCUGGGCUCGGUGGACAGUAAAGCCGAGGGGAAGAAGCUCAGACUGGACCGGAACAUCCAGAUCGUGGCUCCAGCCAGUCCGGUUAAACAGGGCCAGGUGGUCGGCUUCCAAAUCCUGCUGGACACAAUGGCCACCACCGAGCAGUUCACCCUCAGAGCGCAGUUCGGUGAAGGCAUUAACUUCGUGACGGUGAAGCCCAGCACCCCCGCACUGUGGGAAAUCAAACAGGAAGUGGCUCCAGGCUCCUCCUCCCUCUCCAUGUUCUGCCAGAGGAAGUCCAGUUUGGCCAAUGAGAGGGUUGAAGGCUCGGUGUACGAGGUGAUGUGGGUGGAUUUUGAGAUGGAUAACUUCAUCACGCUGCAGGCGUCGCAGGCCGUCCGCUGGAGGAUCGAGUAUCCGUCUACCGGAGAAACGGCCGAGGCCAUCACAGUCGUCUACGUCAGCCAGAGAGACGUCCUGGGAAUAGUUCCUCUCGCUGAGGACACAGAGAUUUUGAACACGGCGAUUCUGACCGGUCAGCGAGUGUCCCUGCCGGUGAAGGUGGUGACCGUGGAACAGGACGGGACCGUGCGAGAGAUCGAUGACCCCGUGUCCUGCCGCUCGACGGAUGAGGAUGUGCUAAAGGUCUCUCCUGCGUGUGAUGAGGUUCUGGUGAACGGGAAGGAAAUGAGGGGGCGUGUCUCUCUCCAGGUGAAUUUCACAUACCUGUACCUCAACAGCCAAUUGGAACUCACCGUCUGGGUGCCACGGUUACCCCUGCAGAUUGACGUCUCUGAUGUGGAACUGAGCCAGAUCAAAGGAUGGAGAGUACCAAUCACAACCAACAAGAGGCCGACGAGGGACAGUGAGGAUGAUGAAGAUGACGAGAGGAAGGGGAAGGGAUGUGCGCUGCAGUAUCAGUACGCUCUUGUCCGGGUCCUCACGCACUUUGUGGCGGAGCCGGCUGACCCCGGAGGUGACCUCGUCCAUAUGCUGGGAUCUGAUUGGUCGGCGGAUAUCACAGAGCUGGUGCUGGAGUUCCUGAAGGUUGAGGAUCCGCGGAUCGCUCGGCUAAUUGACGGCAGGGUGCUGAUGGGGAGGGAUCUCGGCAUCACCACCAUACAGGUAAUCUCUCCUCUAUCGGACUCUAUCCUGGCUGAGAGGACCAUCACUGUUCUGGAUGAUAAAGUGACCAUCACAGAUCUGGGGGUCCAGCUGGUGGGCUCCUUAUCCCUGAGCCUGCAGGCCAGCGCCACACACACUAAAGCUCUGUACAUCAGCGCUACUGCACAGGACCUGCUACACACACCUAAACAGGAAGCAGUAAUCAGUGCAUGGAUUCAGUACAGCGACGGCUCCGUGACCCCGCUGGACGUCUACGAUCCCAAAGACUUCACCCUGACCGCGACGUCCCAGGACGAGCGAGUGGUCUCCAUCUACCAGGAUCACCCCCAGCAGUGGCCGGUGGUGGUGGCCGAAGGUGAGGGCCAGGGGCCGCUAGUGAAAGUGGAGAUGGUCAUCUCCGAGACCUGCCAGAAGUCCAAGAGGAAGAGCGUGCUGGUGCAGGGCUUCGGCAGCGUCCAGGUGAAGUUCGGCCAGAACGACUUGGGGCAGAAGACCCGGACGAUGGAGGAGGGAGGUGGGGACGGAGGAAUGGAUAACAGCACUAGUGAGCAGAGGCAGAAGGUGGUGGAUCAGGAUAAAAACACCAGCCCUGAUGGGUGGAAGUACACUGAGCGAGAGGAAGGAGCACCACGGAAGGUCACCACCACCACCAAGUCCAGCGUAACCAGUCGUAACCAGGGCAGGAAACAGGCAGAGGGGCCAAAAAACAGCCCUGGAGACUAUAGUAUACCUGCACAGGUGGAGCUACCAGGCGGGUCAACGAGUGACCUUUCCCACAAUCCCCGGCGUCUCUCCGACCUGGAGAUCGGGAUGUACGCACUGUUGGGUGUCUUCUGCCUGGCCAUCCUCGUCUUCCUCAUCAACUGCGUCAGCUUCGCCUUCCGCUACCGCCACAAACAACUUCCUGUUCUGGAGCAGGGCAACAUGAACCACGCCCACGACUGGGUGUGGCUCGGCAACGAUCUCGGCAACGACCUGAUGGAUCGCCACGGCGACAGGCACGUCGGGGUGCUGGGGCCUGCCGACGAGUGCACCACGGCCAUCGACCGGAACGAGGGAUGCGAGGAGAGCAAGUACCUGCUGAACGGGGGCGGGGCUCAGAAAGGUGGCUCCGCCCACUCACAGGUUUUGCCGCGAACCAUGCCAGAUCCGAGCUGCGGCAAAACCGAGCCGCUAAACAACUCGCCCAGCGCCUCCAAGCGCAAGAGGGUGAAGUUCACGUCGUUCGCCACGGUGCUGCCGGAUGAGGGCGGACCCUACACCAACUCCGUCCUCAUCGGAAACGAAGAUGAUAUUAAGUGGGUGUGUCAGGACAUGGACCUGGGCCCGUCCGCUGAGCUCCGGACAUACAUGGAGAGACUGCAAGACAAUCUGUGAACGAAAGAAUAAAGCAAGAGAGAAGGAACGAGGGAAAGAGAGAGAGAGAUAGAGAUAAUAGACUAACUACAAACUCACCUGUAAUGCCUUUGCACUGAGAAGAGAGAGAGAGAGAGAGAGAGAGAGAGAGAGAGAAAGAAAGGGGGAGGGGCAUAACGAUAAAUGAGAUUCAUUCACACAAUACAACGAAUCGACAGAAAGAAGAAUGGAAGACAUAAACUAAGCUUUUCUACUGCGCCAGAAAAACACACUGUUAAAGACUGAAACUACAGACCAACCACACAAGACCUGGACAAGAGAGAGAGAAAGAGAGAGAGAGAGUAAAAGAAUGAGAGGGUGAGAGAGUAAGAGAGAAGGGGUGAUGAAAGAGAGAAAGAGAGGGUGAAAGAGCAAGAGAGAGCGAGAGUGAGAAAAGGAGAAAGAGAGAGGGGGUAAAACAGAGAGUGUGAAAGAGAGGGAGAGAGCAGAAGGAUAAGAGGUUGAGAAACAGAUAAAAUGGAAGAUGAUAGACAGAUGUAAAGGGAGAGAGAGAUUGAGAAAACUAGAGGGAUGGAAAGGACAAAGUCAGACAAAGAGGGAGAGAGAAAUAGAGGUGGGAGAGAGAGUGAUAGAGAGAGUGAUAGAGAGAGAGAGAGAGAGAGAGAAAGAGUCACAGUAGAAGCGUGAGAGGAUGAUAGACAGAUUGAAAAGGUGAGAGGGAGUCAGAAGAAGAGAGAGAGAGAGUGAGACAACUAAAAGGAUGGAAAGGACAGAGAGAGAGUUAGAAGGAGAGAGAGAGAGUGAGACAACAAGAGGAAUGGAAAGGAAAGAAAGAGUCAGAGGGUGAAAAAGAGAUGGUAAAAGAAAGAAAGAAAAAAAAGAGAAGGAGAGUGAGACAACAAGAGGGUGAAAGAGAGGAUGAAAAAGAGAGUGCAAAAACAGAUGAAAAGGGUGAGAGAGUAAGAAGGAAAGAGAGAGAUUGAGAGAACUAGAAGGGAUGGAAAGGAAUGAAAGAGUCAAAGAGGGUGAAAGAGAGAGAGAGGAGGCGAAAGGGAGAGGGAGAGAGAGAGAUAGAGAGAGUAAUGGCGAAGGAGAGGAUGAAAGAGAGGGCUAAAGAGAGAAAGAGUGCAAAAAAUAGAAAGAGAGAGAGAGAGAAAUACUGAAAAUUACAGUCCAGGCUUGAGUGAACAGGAAGUCAUUAUUGCAUUUGAAAUCAAUUUCCUGUUUUUGUUUCGUUUGGAGUGUUUAGAUGGAGUUGUGUGUGUGUAUGAGUGUGUAGACAGGUUUGUGUAUACAGGUGUGUGUGUGUGUGUGUGUGUGUGUGUGUGUAGGAGUGUGUGUGAGGUAAAUAAGGAUUGUCAUAGGCUCAGUACAUGAACUGUGUGUGAGUGUGUAUGAAGGUGUUUAAAUUUGUAUGAGUGAGUGUAUGAGUGUGUAUCCAGGUGUAUGAGUGUGUAUAACAGGUAAUAUGCAUUUAAACACACUGCUGUGAGGAGCUCAUCUCUACUGUGAGAGACAAGAUAACCAAUAAAACGUCCAAAUCAUCUCACACCUCGCACGCCGUCCUGAAACAGAGACCAGUAAGAACAGCAAGGCAUUUAGAAGAACUAAACCUCCAGAGAGAACAAAAGAUGGACUUUUACCAACCAGACAAGAUACAAGAUGGAUUUUAACCAUUUGCAGAUGGUUAGGGAUGAGCAUUGACUAUUCAGAGAAGAUAAAAAUGGAUUUUGGCCAAUCAGAGAAGAAGAAAGAUGGGUUUCAUCCAACAAGGGGAAAUAAAAUAUAGGCUCUAAUCAGGCAGAGAUGAUAAAAGGCUGUUUUUGUCCAACAAAAGAAGAUAGAAAUAGAUUUUCCUCAACCAGACAAGAUAAAAGAUGGACUUCAUCCAACCAGAGAAGAUCAAUUAUGAACUGCACAGGACAAGAGGACAAGACAAAAGACAAGCUUUAUCCAAUCAGAGAUGAUAAAAGAUGGACUUUAUCCAGUAAGAGAAGACAGAAGAUGGCCUUUAUUCAACCAGAGAUGAUAAAAGAUGGACUUUCUCCAAUCAGAGAUGAGAAGAAAUGGACUUUAUCCAACCAGAGAAGAUCAAUUAUGAGGUAUUCAACAAGACAAGACAAAAGACAAGCUUUAUCCAACCAGAGAUGAUAAAAGAUGGACUUUAUCUAACCUCAAAAGAUAAAAGAUGAACUUUAUCCAAGUAGAGAAGAUUAAAGAUGGACUUUAUUUAACUGAAGAAGAUAAAAGAUGGACUUUAUCCAAUCAGAGGUGAUAAGAGAUGGACUUUAUCCAAUUAGAGAAGAUACAUUAUUAACUUUAUCCAACAAGACAAGACAAAAGACAAACUUUAUCCAACCAGAGAUGAUAAAAGAUGGACUUUAUCUAACCUCAGAAGAUAAAAGAUGAACUUUACUCAACCAGAGAAGAUGGACUUUAUCCAACUAGAAAAAAUAGAAGAUGGACUUUCUCCAAUCAGAAGUGAUCAGAUGGACUUUACCCAACCGAAGAAGAUAAAAGAUGGACUUUCUCCAAUCAGAAGUGAUAAGAGAUGGACUUUAUCCAAUAAGAGAAGACAGAAGAUAGACUUUAUUCAACUAGCCAAGACGAACUAUGGUCUUUAUCCAACCAGAGAGGAUAAAAUAUAGACUUUAUCCAACUAGGAAUGACAAAAGAUGGAUUUUAUCCAAUGACAGAUGAUGAACGAUGGACUUAAACCAGCUAGAAAUGAUAAAGGAGAUUAAAGAAGAUGAACUUUACCCUUUGACCAACCAGACAAGGCAGAAUAUGGACUACUCAACAUAUAGAUAACAUAAAGGAUGAACUAAAAACAGACUCUAUUCAACCAGAGAAGAUAGAAGAUGGACUUUAUUCAAUCAUGGAAGAUAAAUUAUGAACUUUUAGGCAACUGGCAGUGAAAGAGACGAACUUUAUCCAACUAAAAAACAUAAAAAAGAUGGACUCUAUCCAACCAGAGAAGGUGGAGAAGUUGAACUUUUGAAGACGCUUUGAAGCUUUUUGAGUUUGAACGCUACAUUAAAGCGUCCAUUUGCACAAAAUUACAAAAUUUGGGUAAACGCGCUGAGAGCGUGAACCUCGUCUGAGCUGAUCUGAGAACAGAGUCUCAGAAACUCUCAGAAGUUGAACUGCGGAGCAUCGCUAGAUCUCUAGAUCAGCUUCUUCAGAUUCCUGCGAUAAUGAGGAACCGACGGACCCUGUACAAACCCGAACAUACGAAACGAUUGUUUCUAUUGUUUCAAUAAAGCCCAAUAGUCCUGACCAAUCAGCUAUCAGCACUCGGAUAGAUGUGGUCAGUUACCGCUACUGUUCUGGUCUGUGUUCGAAUGUUGUAUUUUUUUUUUGUUGUUUUUUUGUUGUUUUUUUUAUAUUUACUGAUGUAUAUGUAUCUCCUUAACCGCCCUGUUAACCCUGUGGGGGUUGUUUAUUGUUUAUUGUUUAUCGUCAAUUGUUCAUCUUUUUUAAGUCCGAUCUGAAGAAUCGUUCCUCGUUGCGUUUCUUUUUCCCUGACGCUUAAUUUAUUAGAGACUAUUUUUCCGGGGGAAAAGAUACGACGUUUCCUUUUUAUCCUUUUUCCCGUUCGUUUUUUUUUUUUGUUUUGUUUCCCGAAUGCUCAGGUGAACAUAUAUUCACACAGGACGACCGGUAGCGCGGAAAUGUAGACAUGUAAGAAUGCAAUAUUUAUUUGUAAGUGUAUUAUGAGAAAUAGGAUGUAAAUAAAGUGAUUCCAAAUCCCAUGUGAAUAUUACGAAGCGGC